AUGUCUGAAGCACCACAACAAUUAAGUGUCCUUGAUAAUCUUUACCAAAUGUUUGUCCAUGUAAAGACAAACAGAAAUCAAGAGUUGUCAUAUGAUGGUAAAUGUUAUAGAUUAUUUGGAAAUAAUGAAGAUAUAAAAAAGUUUUCCAAAUUAUAUCAAUCACAACUUGGUUUCUCUGAGAAUACUAUGAAGGGAAUGUUCAAAGCAUGUGACACUGAUAAUAAUGGAAAGAUUACAGUUGCAGAGUUUGCUGCUUUGGCCAGUAUUGUUGUUGAUGGUACUGUUGAGCAAAAAUUGGGUUUCUUGUUUGCUGUUUUUGACAAUGAUGAAUCAGGUACCUUGGAUUUCGGUGAACUCGACUUGAUUUGCAAGAGUAUCGUAUCAGUUGGUAAACACGGAGGUAAAUCAGAUGCUGAAAUCAAGGAAAUCACCGAUAAUCUCCACAAGGCCGAUACCAACGGAGAUGGUACCAUCACCAUCGAUGAAUGGAUCGGUUACGGUCUUUCCAACCAAACCAUUUCCUCAUUGCUCGGUCACUAA